UUUCUGCCAACUGCUACAGCUGACAACUUGAGACUCAGAAGAAGACCUCCUUCUCUUCUUUCUGAUCCAAACCUUUCUACUCUCUUCCCUUUCUCUCCAACUAAACUUUCUCUCUCACUUUCCUUCCAACUUUCCCGCACUUUCUCACCAUCCAAACACCCCCAAUGGCCUCCGAACCCGCCGACGAAGACAACAACACCUGGGAGCACGUCCUCCGCCGCAUGCUCCCCGUCGGAGCUCCGAUGCCAGACGAGGAGCAACUCGACUACUCCAUCGCCGUCGAGUACGAAGGACCUCCUGUCCAAUACCACAUCCCUAGGGUUGAUCCGCUCGAAGUAGCUUCCACCGCCGCCGCCUCCUCCGCCCCGAUUCGCAACUCCGAUCACGCCGCGGCCGCAAUUCCCAUCGCCAUGCCGCUUCACCCUCGAUUCUCAAGGUUUGGAAUCGUCCGUAACGGCGGUUACGGCCGCGAGCCGCGGAGUCCGGUUGAGAGUCAGAGACCGUCUUCGGUGUCGCCGAAUCAGUCUCAGUUUGAGUCUGGCAACGGCGGCGGCGACGUCGAUCCCGACGAUUUUUCCGGUGAGCCUGUUGCGGACACUGCCAGCGGUGGUUCGUCUCCGGCUCGGUCGUGGACUGUUCCGAACAGCGGCGCCGUCGAGGGUAAGCGCCCGACGACGGUGACGUUCAACACUCCGAGGGAUUCGUCAUCUGACGACGGCAGUUACCUCUCGCCGCAGUCUGUAGCGACGGAGCCGGUGGGAUCGCCGGCGGCUUCUGCGUCUGCGCGGAACGCGCAGACGAAGCGGUGGGUUUGCAGCAGAUGUGGGAAUAAGAACAGGUUGAAGGAGAAGGAAGCGUGUUUGGUGUGUGAUGCGAGGUACUGCUGCAACUGUGUGCUGAAGGCCAUGGGGUCGAUGCCGGAGGGGAGGAAAUGCGUGAGCUGCAUUGGGCAGGCCAUUGAUGAGUCGAAGAGAUCGAGCUUGGGGAAGUGUUCGAGGAUGCUGAGUAGGGUUUGUAGUCCAUUGGAGAUUAAUCAGAUCAUGAAGGCUGAGAAGGAGUGUGCUGCUAAUCAGCUGCGGCCGGAGCAGCUAAUCGUCAAUGGGCGCCAGUUGAGGCAGGAAGAGUUGGCUGAGAUUCUGGGCUGCGCGAUACCGCCUCAGAAGUUGAAGCCAGGGAGGUAUUGGUAUGAUAAGGAUUCUGGAUACUGGGGCAAGGAGGGAGAGAAGCCUGAUAGGAUAAUAAGUUCAAAGCUAAAUAUUGGAGGGAAGCUUCAAACAGAUGCAAGCAAUGGAAAUACUAGAGUCUACAUGAAUGGCCGUGAAAUAACAAAGAUUGAGCUUAGAAUGUUAAAGCUUGCAAAUGUUCAAUGCCCGCGAGACACCCAUUUCUGGGUUUAUGAUGAUGGCUCUUAUGAGGAAGAAGGCCAAAAUAAUAUUAAAGGGAACAUAUGGGGAAAGGCGUCCACUCGUUUGAUUUGUUCAUUAUGCUCAUUGCCUGUACCACCUACUAAUCCUCCUGGGGUCAAAGAUAAUCUGACUAACUAUUCAACAAGGUCUGUGCCUGAGUAUUUAGAGCAAGGUAGAGUUCAGAAACUAUUGUUGUUUGGUAUGGAAGGAUCUGGAACAGCCACUCUGUUUAAACAGGCCAAGUUUUUAUAUGGAAACAAGUUUUCUCCAGAAGAGUUGCAAAACAUUAAACUCAUGAUUCAAAGCAAUAUGUACAAGUAUCUCAGCAUUCUGCUUGAAGGACGAGAGCAGUUUGAAGAGGAAGCUCUGGCAGAGAAAGAAUGUGCCUCGUUAGAAGAUGAAGAAUCUGGACCUGCAGAAAGAGCAGCUGAGGAAAACAAACCAACCAUUUACUCGAUCAAUCAAAGACUCAAGCAUUUUUCUGACUGGUUGCUGGAUAUUAUGGCUACGGGGGAUUUGGAGGCUUUCUUCCCUGCUGCUACGCGUGAGUAUGCUCCUAUGGUAGAGGAGAUCUGGAGAGAUCCUGCUGUUCAGGAAACAUACAAGAGAAGAGAGGAAUUGCAUAAUCUUCCUGAUGUCACUAAAUAUUUCUUAGAUCGGGCAAUGGAAAUAUCAAGCAAUGAGUAUGAACCUUCGGAUAAGGAUGUAUUAUAUGCUGAAGGAGUCGCUCAGAGCAAUGGUCUUGCCUUCAUGGAAUUCUCAUUUGAUGAUAGGAGUCCCAUGUCUGAGAUAUACAGCGGAAACAUAAGUUCCCAAACUCCUUUAAUCAAAUAUCAACUGAUUCGCAUAAAUUCAAAGGGACUGCGCGAUGGCUGCAAGUGGUUGCAAAUGUUUGAAGAUGUGAGGAUCGUCAUAUUUUGUGUUUCCUUAAGUGACUAUGACCAAAUGUGGCCAACUAGUACCGGUCAACUUCAAAACAAAUUGCUGGCAAGUAGGGAUCUUUUUGAGAGUCUGGUGAGGCAUCCUUGUUUUCAAGAUACCCCUUUUGUGCUUGUGCUAAAUAAAUAUGAUGCCUUUGAAGACAAGAUAAGCAAAGUUCCUUUGUCUACUUGUGAGUGGUUUGCGGACUUCUGUCCUGUGAGACCCCAUCACAACAGUCAUGCCCUAGCACAACAAGCAUAUUACUAUGUAGCUGUGAGAUUCAAGGAACUUUAUCAUUCCUUGACCAGCCAGAAGUUGUUUGUGGGGCAAACUCGAGCUCGGGAUCGCGCCUCAGUUGAUGAGGCAUUCAAGUACAUAAGGGAGGUCAUCAAAUGGGAGGAUGAGAAGGAUGAUGAUGUGUAUGAAAUCAAUCUGGAAGAGUCAUAUUACAGUACAGAAAUGAGUUCUUCCCCAUUCGUCAGGCAGGAAUGAAUUUCUAACUCUUGAUAGCCCUUGAGACUAAAUGAUCUCAUGUGGAUAUUAAGUGAUAAGCAAGUCUCGCUGCUCCUAAGAAUCCAAAGAAUUGUAGGAGCAUUGCAUUUGUGAAGGACUGAGAGGUCAGUUGAUUUUGUUGUAGGGUCUUCUUGAUCAGGUUUCUAAUGAUUUUUUCCUCAUCAUAAAUAAGCUGAUUUGAUUGAGAGGUUGUAAAUUCAGAGGUGAUUUGUUUUCUGUACAGCUUAUAUUGAUAAUUUUCCAGCUUAAAUUUUAAAAAUAAGAAAAGGAAAAUUAUUUUUUUCCCGUUAUUA